UCUUUUGGUUAUAUUUUUGAAUAGCCACAGAAUAUUGCGAAAUAUCUGGUAACCCUGGUUUAGCAUGAUCACUGUUUUUAAAAAACUACUAUUGACCGAAGUAGUAAUCUAACGAGGGAAAAAAUGAAAAUCCAUUUAUCAAGAAUAUUCCCGUUGUCAUCAAUUGCAUUCUUUCAAAUAUACAUAUGGUAAAAAAAAACAUAAAAAUGUAAACAUGAAGUAUUAUAACUGAGACUGAGAAUGUUUUCGUCAAUAUUGGUAAAAGUGCCGAUUAGUAUUUAUAAUUGUAUGCACUCUAAAAUUCGUGUUUGUUAUUUAUCUUCAUUAAAUUACAUUAACUCACUUAACUCUUGGCCAAAGUCAAGAUUUAAAAUUUUAGAAGGUCAGUUUAACAUCUCUCCAAAUAAGUUUAAUGAAUUUGUUGAUUUAAAUGCAGCUGUAAAUGAAGUAUUCGAAGAAAAAAGAAAAAAAGUUUUAAAUGGUGGUGGAGAUUCUGCAAUAUUACAACAUACUCAGAGAAAUAAGAAAAUUCUUGCACGUAAAAGAAUUGAGCUUCUAGUUGAUCCAAAUUACCCUUUAUUAGAAAUUGGUAUGUUUUCUGGACUCGGAUUGAACUAUGGAGAUAUAUGUUGCAGUGGUCUUGUUGUUGUUAUAGGGAAAAUUUCAAAUCAGCUUUGUAUUAUCAGUGCCAGUGAUGCAACUGUUAAAGGUGGUGCUAUAUAUCCUAUUGGUGUGAAGAAGCAAACACGAAUGCAGGAGAUAGGAGCUGAAAACCAUUUACCAUGUGUGUAUAUUAUUGAUUCAGGAGGAGGUUUCUUACCACUACAAGCUGAAGUUUUCAAUCCAGGUGGCAAGGUUUUCUACAAUGAAGCUAUUAUGAAUGCUUCAGGGGUGCCACAGAUCUGUGUUGUUGCAGGUUCUUGUACUGCAGGUGCUGCUUACAUACCUACAAUGUCAAAUGAAGUAGUAAUGAUAGACAAAAUAAGUAGCAUAUUUCUGGCGGGACCACCUUUAGUUUUUGCAGCUACUGGCGAACAAAUUUCUGAGCAAGAUUUGGGUGGGGCAUCAGUUCACUGUAAAGUUAGUGGUUGUGCAGAUUAUAUGGUAAAAGAUGAAAUAGAAGCAUUAGAAAUAACAAAAGAUAUAAUGUCAACUUUGAACAUGAAAGUUUUUAUUAAUGAACAUACAAAUAUCGAAGAACCGAUUUAUGAUAUUAAAGAUUUAUCUAUUUUGCAGUUUGCUCGUAACGAUAAUGGAUGCUUGCUUAUUAAGCAAAUUAUUUCGCGAGUUGUUGAUGGCAGUCGAUUUCACGAAUAUAAACCAUAUUUUGGAACAAGCAUUUUGACAGGAUAUGCUCGUAUAAAUGGAAUUCUAGUUGGUAUUUUAGCAAAUAAUGGUUCAUUUACACCAGAUGGUUGUUUGAAAGGUUCUAACUUUGUUUCUCUUUGUAAUGAAAGAGGUAUUCCUUUGAUUUUUUUCCAAGAUAUAAUGGAAAAUAGUUCUAAAGACGAGACUCAAUUAAUAAAAUAUAUAUCACAACUAAUGACAGUUGUUGCUACUGCGUAUGUCCCAAAAAUAACUAUCCUCAUUGGUAAUAGUUUUGGAGCUGGUCACUAUGCGAUGUGUGGCAGAAGUAUGUCACCAAGAUUUUUGUUUAGGUGGCCUGGUUCAAAAUUGUGUAUUGGAGACUUUUAUGAUAAAGAAAUACACCUAGACUUUAAUGAGAAAGAAAUAAAAAAUAACAACGCAUUAAAACAAUAUGAAUUCGAGAAAUCAAGUUAUUAUGGUUCUGCAAGAUUAUGGGACGAUGGUGUAGUUCUUCCACAAGACACUCGAAGUGUUCUUUCUCUUGCUUUAAAUGCUUGUCUGACUCAUAAACAAAUAUUAUGUGGUUCGGUUCAAAGUGUUUUAAGAAUGUAAUA